AUGGCUCCCCUUUGGUCCAUCGCCUCCUUCGUCACCCUUUGUGCCGCCGUACCGUUCGCCAAGCGGCAGGCCAACUCGAGCUCCUUCGUGACCGUCGAAGGUGGCCAGUUCCAGCUCGAUGGCGAACCCUUCGUCUUCGCCGGAAGCAAUGCCUACUAUUUCCCAUUCAGUGGCACCCAGGCCGACAUCGAAGCCGGCCUGACUGCUGCCAAAGACGCCGGGUUGAAGGUCUUCCGCACUUGGGGUUUCAAUGACAAGAAUGCCACCACUGUCUCUGGUGGUCUCCCUCAAUAUGGCACCGGAGAUGAGGCGACGACAUUCCAGAAGUUUUCGCCUGAUGGAACCUCGGUCAUCGAUGUCACACACUUCGACAAGGUAGUUGCUGCGGCUGAAAAGACCGGCAUAAAGCUGCUUGUCGCAUUGACAAACAACUGGGCUGAUUACGGAGGCAUGGACGUCUAUACUGUCAACCUGGGCGGAGUCUACCAUGACGACUUCUAUCGACUUCCCCAAAUCAAGGAGGCAUACAAACGGUACGCGGAAGCCAUGGUCACUCGCUUCAAGGACUCACCGGCAAUCUUUGCAUGGGAGCUCGCCAACGAGCCCCGCUGCGGCGCCGACGGCACUCGCAACCUCCCCCGGGGCCCAGACUGCACGCCCGACCUGCUCACGGAGUGGACCGACGAGAUGAGCACCUACAUCAAGAGCCUCGACAGCAACCACCUGGUCACCUGGGGCGGCGAGGGCGGCUUCAACGACCCCAGCAACGCCGACGGCUUCUACAACGGCGGCGACGGCGGCGACUUCGACGCCGAGCUGGCGCUGCCCAACAUCGACUUCGGGGCCUUCCACUCGUACCCCGACUGGUGGAGCAAGACGGUCGAGUGGACGAGCCAGUGGAUCAGGGACCACGCGGCCUCGGGGCGAGCCGCCGCCAAGCCGGUCGUGCACGAGGAGUACGGCUGGCUGACCCCGGAGAAGAAGCUCGAGUACCUGGGCACGACGUCCAACGUCACGCGGGUCGAGGCCCUGGGCGAGUGGCAGGCCAUCGGGAUCGACGAGGGGCUCUCGGACAUGUACUGGCAGUUCGGCUUCUCGGACUACUCGUACGGGCGGAACCAUGACGACGGCUUCACCAUCUUCCUGGACGAGGAGGAGGCGCAGCCGCUGGUGUAUGAGCACGCUGCCAAGGUCAACGCUCUCUAG